GCGCUCAGUCUAUAAGCGGCAGCGCCGAGUGCGGAUCCCGAGACGCGAUGAAGCAGUGUAACGGAGCCGACCCCCCGGUGCCGCCCGGCCUGCACCGGCGCCCCGAGGCCUCGUCCUGCUGCGCCCGCAGCCGCCGCUUCCUCCGCGGGAACGCGCUGGUGCUGCUGACCGUGGCCGGGGUGCUGCUCGGCGCGGCGCUGGGGAUGGCGGUGCGGCCGCUCGGGCUGGACGCGGCGCAGGUGGCCCGCUUCUCCUUCCCCGGGGAGCUGCUGCUGCGGCUGCUGAAGAUGAUCAUCCUGCCGCUGGUGGUGUGCAGCCUGGUGUCCGGGGCCGCCUCCCUGCAGCCCUCCGCCCUGGGCCGGCUCGGCGGCUGGGCCCUGCUCUUCUUCCUGGUCACCACGCUGCUCGCCUCGGCGCUCGGGGUCUGCCUGGCGCUGCUCAUCCGGCCCGGGGACGGGGCCCUCGGGGGGACGAAGGGGGGCGGCGUCCCGGAGAGCAAGGAGGUGGUGGACUCCUUCCUGGACCUGGUCCGAAACAUCUUCCCCUCCAACUUGGUGUCGGCCGCUUUCCAGUCGUACACCACCUACUACAGGACGGAGGUCGUCAAUGGUUCCCAUGAUGACGCCAACGUGUCGGCAGAGGUGAACAGGACGCUCCUGAAGGUGCCCUAUGGGCAUGAGGUGGAGGGCAUGAACAUCCUGGGCCUGGUGGUCUUCGCCAUAGUCUUCGGGGUGGCGCUGCGCAAACUGGGGGAGGAAGGUGAGAUCCUCAUCAAGUUCUUCAACUCCUUCAAUGAGGCGACCAUGGUGCUGGUGACCUGGAUCAUGUGGUACGCGCCGCUCGGUAUCAUGUUCCUGGUGGCCGGAAAGAUCGUGGAGAUGGAGGACGUGGUGCAGCUCUUCACCAGCCUCGGCAAGUACAUCUGCUGCUGCCUGGUCGGACACGCCAUCCAUGGCCUCAUCGUCCUGCCCCUCAUAUACUUCACCUUCACCCGCAAGAACCCCUACCGAUUCUUGUGGGGCAUCAUCAGCGCUCUGGCCACAGCGUUCGGGACCUCAUCCAGUUCGGCCACCCUUCCGCUGAUGAUGAAAUGUGUGGAGGAGAAGAACGGCGUUUCCAAGCAGAUCAGCAGAUUCAUCCUUCCCAUCGGCGCCACAGUGAACAUGGACGGAGCGGCGUUGUUCCAGUGUGUGGCGGCCGUCUUCAUCGCGCAGCUGAACAACCACCCCCUGAACUUCAUCCAGAUCAUCACCAUCCUGGUCACAGCCACCGCGUCCAGUGUGGGGGCUGCAGGCAUCCCGGCGGGCGGCGUGCUGACACUGGCCAUCAUUCUGGAGGCGGUCGGUCUCCCCACCAAUGAUAUCUCCCUCAUUCUGGCUGUGGACUGGUUGGUUGACCGAACCUGUACGAUACUGAAUGUCGAGGGCGACGCCUUUGGUGCCGGCCUGCUCCAGGUGUACAGCGACCGGACGGCGAAGCCCAGUGCGGACGAUGUGGAUCUGACGGCGGUACGAGUGGUGACGGAGGAUCAGCCGGAGGGGGACCCCCUCCUGAAGACGGACGGCUGCAGCCCCUCCGAUAAGGAGUCCACCAUGUGAGGCCGGCCGCGGACUUGUUUAGGUCACUUUUAUUUUUUUAUAUAAUUAUUUUUUUUACUUGGACUCUUAACUUAUGUGCUGCAUCUUCCGGGCGCUCAGGCGGCGCCUCCUCCAAUCAGGACCGGAGCCAAUCGCGGUGUAGGAAUGGUCCGCCUGAGGCUCCGCCCUCUUUUAUACGUCCGCGGGUGGCUCCUUUUGUCUGUAAUUUUAUUUUGGGAUAUUUAAGGUUUGUUCUAUUUUUGGACCAAUUUGACUUUGUGCGGGUUCACAGCCGGUGACCCCCCUGCUCUGGGUUAAAUGUCGCUGCUGAUCCGUGACUGCACUACACGCUUGUGCACUAAGUCUGUUACCGGUGGAGCCCUGGACCCAAACACGAUGGGUGUAGUGGUCAAUGAUGGGAGUUUAGUGAAGUAAAGACAAAGAAGCUGCUGA